CCACAGUUCAUUGCGUGUGCGGCGUCUGACGAUUCAAAUACCGGUAGAAGUCAAAUUCCUUUGAAAAAUCUAGCAGAAUUGAAGUUUGUUAUAAAAAAAGUAUGUUUUCGAGUCUGCUAGAAACAGCAAAGAAUAGUCCGUUUUCUAGUCCAACUAAACCCGCGCAAUGUUUACGGAUAAAUGGAAAUCCAGUCAACAUGGCGGCGUCGCCCUCAGAUGAGUACAGUUGUGAAUUUGGUGAUGCUAAGUAUUAUGCUCUAUGUGGAUGGGGUAUAUUGAGUUGUGGUUUAACUCAUACUGGCAUUGUACCUCUUGAUCUUGUAAAAUGUCGCAUCCAAGUUGAUCCAGUCAAAUAUAAGAGUCUUGGUUAUGCUUUCAAGCUUACUGUUGCUGAAGAAGGCGUUCGAGGUCUUGCCAAAGGAUGGGCACCCACUUUUAUUGGUUAUUCCAUGCAAGGGCUUUGUAAAUUUGGUUUUUAUGAAGUUUUCAAGAUAUUCUAUGGCAAUAUUAUAGGAGAAGAAAUGUCGUAUACUUGGAGAACAUCAUUGUACCUUGCAGCAUCAGCAAGUGCAGAAUUUUUUGCAGAUAUUGCUUUAGCACCUAUGGAGGCUGUUAAAGUUCGUAUUCAAACUAAUCCAGGCUGGGCAAACACACUUAGGGAAGGUGUUCCUAAAUUGCUACAAGAAGAAGGAGUCAGAGGAUUCUAUAAAGGUCUGCCUCCAUUGUGGCUAAGACAGAUACCUUAUACUAUGAUGAAAUUUUCUUGCUUUGAAAGAACUGUUGAGGCACUUUAUCGUUACGUCGUCCCCAAGCCUAGAAAUGAAUGUAGCAAAAGUGAGCAAUUGGUUGUUACAUUCGUCGCUGGGUAUAUUGCUGGUGUAUUCUGUGCUGUUGUAUCUCAUCCUGCUGACACUGUUGUAUCCAAAUUGAACAAUGAUGUUGGAAGCACUCCUUUACAAGCAGCCAAAGAACUUGGAAUGAAGGGUUUAUGGAAAGGACUGGGACCACGUAUUCUUAUGAUUGGUACAUUGACAGCUGCACAAUGGUUUAUAUAUGAUUCUGUUAAAGUAUUCUUCAGAUUACCCCGACCUCCACCACCAGAAAUGCCCGAGAGCUUAAAAAGGAAAUUGGAAGCACAAAAACAUUAGUUUCUCUUUACCUUUAACAUCUGCAAUGAUUGGUUAACAUAAAUUACUCAUAAGCAAGUAAUGUUUGAAAAUCAAACAAGUUACUGUGGUUACAUUAUUUGUAUUUAAAUUCUUUCAUGAAAAUGGAAAAUUGUAAUACAAAAAUAAA